AUGUCUUCCACAUAUGCUUCCCAGUACUACGCUGGCACCCUGCCCAUGCCCGUCCCUUCCAAGGACGAGUACGCUGCAUACUACCAGGGCGGACACGAUGCCUACUCGGUCUCCCCGCCCGAGUCGGAGAACGUGAGCUCUGCCUCGGGCGUCGCGUCUUACAGCAGCCCUGGCUAUUCUGCCACGGCGAGCUAUGCUGGCAGCAGCCAUGGCGACUACGACACUGCCGCUUCCGCCAGCGGAAUCGAUCUGAAUGAGUACAUGCAGGAGCGCUUCGCCGAGACCUUUGAUCCUCAGCAGCUCGACCGCUGCGUCGCUCUGCAAGCACAGACGUCUGGCCAUCUCAAUGCCAAGCAGCGGGAGCUGCUCGAGCUGCAGAAGAAGGCGCAAGCUCGCCUCGCAAAGUCGCGCGCUCGUUUUGCCGAGGGCAUGCAAGAUGCGCGCCAAGUGCGAGCCGAUCUGGAGUGGACGCAGAAGAAAGUCUCAUCCCUCAAGGGCAAGGCCUCGAAGAAGCACUCCAAGGAGUACAGCAAGGCGCGCGAGCGCUACCCGUCUCCUGACUAUUAA